UGUCCUGGUAGCCUCUCUGGGACUUGUUAUUCUAGUGCAUUCUUACAGCAACAACACAUCCUUCUACCUUCUUCUCAGUCUAAACCGAACACAAAGAAAGAAUGGCCAGAAAAUUUUUCGUCGGCGGCAACUGGAAAUGCAAUGGAACGGUGGAGGAAGUGAAAAAAAUUGUGACCACAUUGAGUGAAGCAGAAGUUCCUUCUGAGGAUGUUGUUGAGGUUGUGAUCAGUCCUCCAUUUGUGUUUCUUCCAUUAGUCAAAACCUUGUUGCGUCCUGAUUUCUCCGUUGCUGCACAAAACUGUUGGGUUAGGAAAGGAGGUGCAUUUACUGGUGAGGUUAGUGCUGAGAUGUUGGUCAAUUUGGGCAUUCCCUGGGUAAUCCUAGGGCACUCUGAGAGAAGGCUUUUACUGAAUGAAUCAAAUGAUUUUGUGGGUGAUAAAGUUGCAUAUGCACUUUCUCAAGGCUUAAAAGUGAUUGCCUGUGUUGGGGAGACUCUUGAGCAGCGAGAAUCAGGAGCUACGAUGGCUGUAGUUGCAGCACAAACAAAAGCAAUUGCAGAAAGAAUACCACACUGGUCCAAUAUUGUUUUGGCUUAUGAGCCAGUGUGGGCCAUUGGAACAGGAAAGGUUGCUACUCCAGCUCAGGCUCAGGAAGUUCAUACUGAAUUAAGGAAAUGGCUUCAUGUUAAUGGUGGUGCAGAAGUUGCUGCUUCCACUAGAAUCAUCUAUGGAGGUUCUGUAAAUGGAGCUAACUGCAAAGAGUUGGCAGCACAACCUGAUGUGGAUGGUUUUUUGGUUGGUGGAGCUUCACUAAAGCCUGAAUUUAUUGAUAUCAUCAAGUCCGCAACAGUGAAAACAACUGCUUAGUUGAAUCAAGUAUUGCUACAAGGAGCCCUCUUUUCUCAGAUAGUGUUGUACAUUUAUGGUAAAUAAGCUUCAAGAAUACAUGUUAGGCAUAAGGAUUUCCUUCAACAUAAAUAAGGUGCUCUUUGCUACAUGCGUGCUUUUAUCCGCUUGAUGUUCAAUCGUUGUUUCUUUGUUUAUUUAUUCAACUAUGUUAUUUCAAUAUGCCUGCUUUAAUUUGCUUGAUGUUCAAUAAGAUGACUCUUGAAAUA